AUGGGUGGCGGUGCUUACUCUUUCACCCAUAUUUUAUUAGCCUGUUUUUCUUCAUUUCUGUCACUCUCUUACGAAGAAAGCAAACAAGCGCUAAACGCUACCGUGAAGUUCGAAGGCUCUGAAAGGACCAACAACAACAGCACACACACCGCCCACACACACACACAUAUUUGUAUGCACUCACGUGUUGCUGCAGUGAAGGCACCCCGCACACACAACCGUCGCUGCGUGACCGGAUCCAGCGGGAGGAGGAGGGAAGGAAGAGAGAGUGAGCCGCCGAGGCCCAACAUGUCCCGGCAUGUGUUUACUUCCGCGGUGCUGCUUCUCGUCGUGAUGAUGUGCUGCGGCACUGGUGGAGGUGCACAAGCUGAUGAGCCAGCGUCAGGUGCGGAAUCUUCACCAAAGCCAUAUUUUGAUUGGAGGGAUAAGAAUGAAGAAAAAACAGUGAGCUCGCUCCGUGUUCCGAGUCUUGUUGAGUUGGAUGGUGAUGUGUUUGCCGUUGCCGAGGCGCAGUGCACGAAGGGAGGCAGCGGUUUUACUGGGAUUGCCUCGGAGCUCCUGGAGUUGAGUGAUGAGUCAUCAAAAUUGUUGGACAUGAGUAAAUUGAAGAUCCAAGCACCGGAUGAAUGUCAUUUCAAAGAUGAGAAAUGCACCUAUCAAAAACAGGAAGGUGUCGUUUCCCAAAGUGACACGAAAGUACAUGUGAGCCGACCAACAACAGUUGUGAAUAGAAGAGAUAUUUACAUGCUUGCGGGAAAAUACACCAGUGAAAGUCCUGCCGCUGCAGUUGCUGCUGCCAAUGCGACUGAUGGGGUUCAAUGGGGACUCUUGCUGGUGAGAGGGAAUGUCAGUGUUGAGGAAGGAAAGGACAAAAGAAUUUAUUGGAGAGAUACCUACGGUCUACCGUGGGGUCUUUUUGGCAAACAGGACUCCUUGACAGGACUGAUUGGCAGCGGUGGAUCGGGCGUUAAUAUAAAUGACGGUACGCUUGUGUUCCCUGUGGAAGGGACGAAGAGGAAUAAUGGGAAGACCGUUUCGCUGAUCAUAUACUCCUCAGACAUUGCGAGUUGGACGCUGUCGAAGGGGAUGUCUGCCGAUGGCUGCAGUGAUCCCUCCGUCGUGGAGUGGAAGGACAAAAAACUCAUGAUGAUGACUGCGUGUGAUGAUGGCCGCCGCAGGGUGUACGAGUCCGCUGACAAGGGGGAAUCGUGGACGGAGGCACUCGGGACACUCUCGCGCGUGUGGGGCAACAAACACAAGGGAACUGCGAAGGGCGUUACAAGCGGGUUCAUCACAGCGACGAUUGACGGUGUCGAUAAUAACAGGGAUGUGAUGCUCGUCACUCUGCCGGUCUACUCCAAAAAAGAGAAAAAUGGAAACAACAAUGGAAAGAGUGUACUCCAUCUUUGGGUUACGGACAAUGCGCACAUUGUUGAUAUUGGGCCGGUAUCCGAUGAUGAGGACGCUGCCGCCAGCUCCCUGUUGUACAAAAGUGGGAAUAAUAAUAAUAAGUUGAUUGCACUGUACGAGAAGAAGAAGGACGGUGAGAAAGAAACAUCACCCGGUAUGGUCUCUGUGCUUCUGACUGCGCAGCUGAAGCGGGUGAAGGAGGUGCUGACGACAUGGAAUGAAGUGGACAAACGUGUCUCCAAGCUUUGCCCCACUUCAAGUGCUACGGAGGACACCUCAUCUGGCACUGCCUGCGGCGCUGUUAAGAUCACGGAUGGGCUGGUUGGCUUUUUGUCCGGCGACUUCUCUGAUGGCACAUGGAGGGACGAGUACCUCGGCGUGAACGCCACAGUAAAGAGCGGUGCAGCAGCGGCCACAGGGCCUGUCGAUGGCGUGACGUUCACGGGGCGUGGUGCAGGGGCGGUGUGGCUUGUUGGCGACAUGGGGCAGACUGUGCCGUACUACUUUGCGAACUACAAAUUCACUCUUGUGGCGACGGUGUCCAUCCACGGUUUGCCAAAGGACGGAGAUAACUCCAUUCCAUUGAUGGGUGCGAAGGUGAAUGAUGGCGAUAAGAAUACUGUACUCCUGGGACUGUCGUACAACAGAGAAAAGAGGUGGGAAUUGUUGCACGGUGGCGGAAAGACGUCGGAGCACAGCAGGACUUGGGAGAAAGAUACAACGUACCAAGUGGCCAUUGUGCUACAGAAUGGCAUCCAGGGCUCCGUUUACGUCGAUGGUCAGCGUGUGUGUGAGAGUGUGCAAAGUAACUGGGAAAAUACAGAAUCGAAAGGGAUCUCUCACUUCUACAUUGGAGGGGAUGGAGGCAAUGCAGAGAACACAGGGGGUGACGAAGGUGUAUCUGUGAGUGUGACGAACGUCCUGCUGUACAACCGCCCCUUGAGCUCCGAAGAGAUUGCAGGGCUUGCCAAAAAUAAAAUUAAUAUUCCAAAGCCAGUGGCUGCGCGUACUUCUUCACCUGCUGUGUCUCGCCCGAAGCGCUCUUCUGAAUCCUUGGCGGGAGGAGCAACGGGUGUCGGUACCGCUCGUCACUUUGCGGCAAAUGGUGAUGGCAGCACUGUUUGCGGAAGCGGACUGCUGCCGCUGCUCCUUCUGUUGGGACUGUGGGGAUUUGCGGCUCUGUGA